UCCACCUCCUGUUUAUUUACACCGUCGCGUGCCAGCAGCCGGCAGCUAAGAAGAUGGUGCGCUAAACUUUGACACUUCGCUCACAUCUGCCUCACCACUACCGGAUGUUUUGGGUCAGAACCUUGCCAGCCCCGACGCGGGCAAAUGCCGAGAUUCACUUGGAGCGGUUUUUAUCCCACCGAAGACUCCGGUCCACCGUCACCUCCGGCUCGACGGCCCGGCCGGAGACGGCGGGCCGAGGCAAGAGCCGAAGCGGAGCUCGGCGGGCCUCGGCCCCGCUGCAGUCUCCUGGGAAGUGUGGGGAGGCAGGAGGAGACGGCGCCGACCUUUCCUCCGCCGCUAACAGAAUCUCCGUAGACUUUGAGCGAAGCCAGGAGGCUUACAGGAGCAAAGACUCAUUAGAGCUCCUGAGAAGUUUGGUGGUUUUCAAACUUUGUUCCUAUAACUUCCUGGUUGAUAACAAUAAAGAGAUAAUGGAUCUUGGUCAGAAAAUUCUGGGCCAGAAGGUUUUCGAUCAGCUCAUGAAGAUGACCUUUUAUGGCCAGUUCGUCGCUGGGGAGGAUCACCUUUCCAUCAAACCUCUGAUCCAGAAGAACCAGGCUUUUGGCGUUGGCUCUGUCCUGGACUACAGUGUUGAGGAGGACAUCAGCCAAACAGAAGCUCGGCAGAAAGAGAAGGACUCGUGCGUUUCCGCUGCAGGGGACGGGAGCAUAGGCGAGGACUACAGAGAGAGAAACCGCGGCGCAGGCAAGCGGUUGGGUGACAGUCAGGGGGAGGCGAUCAGAGCCAGCGCGUAUUUCUAUGCUGAUGAGGCCAAAUGUGACCAGCAUAUGGAAACCUUCAUGAAGUGUAUCAAAGCAGCUGCAAAUCUAUUUACAUCAGAACCGAAUCAUUUCCUCUCCAUAGGUGAGAGUUCCAUUGAUGGCUUUUCUGCAAUCAAAAUGACUGCACUAGGACGACCCCAGCUUCUGCUCCAGUUCUCUGAGGUUCUCGUGAAAUGGGGGCGAUUUUUCACAUUCCUGGCCUCACAGCAGGGUAAAGAUGGCACGGAGGCCUUGGAGCAGAGGCUGGAGCUGACACAGCUGCAGGAACUGAUGAUAAGACUGGGUGCAAAAGGCGACUUCCAUAGCUGGUUUAUUGGAAAGAAAGGGGAGUCAGCGGGAUGCAUAGACAUCCUUGACUGGAACAGUCUAAUAGACGACAGAGCGAGGAUACCAGACCUGCUUUUUGUUCCAAAUGUAAAGUUGGGUAAACUGGAGCCUCUGAUGCCAAAGUUCACAGUAGAGGAGGAGAACCAGUUAAAGAGGAUAUUGCAGCGCCUUGAUGUCCUAGCAAAGUGUGCCGUGGAAAAUGGCGUUCGCUUGAUGGUGGACGCAGAGCAAACCUACUUCCAGCCGGCUAUCAGCAAACUUACACUGGAUGCACAGAGGAUCUACAACAGAGAGAAGCCCGUUGUUUUCAACACCUACCAGUGCUACCUUAAGGAAGCCUAUACAAAUGUAACAAUGGACAUAGAGCUGUCCAAAAGGGAGGGCUGGUGCUUUGCUGCUAAGCUGGUGCGUGGAGCAUACAUGUAUCAGGAGCGGGAGAGAGCGGAAGAGUUGCAGUAUGAAGACCCAAUUAACCCUGACUAUGCGUCUACCAGCAGGAUGUACCACAGGUGCUUGAGCUAUGUGCUGGACGAGAUUGCUCUUAGCAGAAAGGCCAACGUUAUGGUUGCUUCUCAUAAUGAGGAUACAGUAAAAUACACCCUAACGAGAAUGAACGAGCUGGGUCUCUUGCCAGCAGAGAACAAGGUGUUCUUUGGUCAACUCCUGGGCAUGUGUGAUCAGAUCAGCUUCCCACUGGGCCAGGCAGGCUUCUCUGUCUACAAGUACGUCCCCUACGGGCCGGUGAGUGAGGUGAUGCCCUACUUGUCCCGGAGGGCACAGGAGAACCGAGGCUUCAUGAAAGGUGCCCAAAAGGAGAGAGAGCUGCUGUGGAAGGAGUUGAAACGCAGACUUGUCUCCGGGGAGCUUCUCUACAGACCGGCGUACUGAAAACACAGGAGCAGAGACCGAGAAGAGUUUGUCAGCUUCUUGGAGCCGCCACCAUCAGCCAUUCUCUCUAGCUUGAUGGGUACUGGUGCAGCUGUCUGCUCCAUGUCUCUCCCCGUGCAUGUCCUGUUUUACUGUGUCUUGCAGUUUUUUGUUUUGUUUUGUUUUUUUGGGGGUUUUUUUUGCAGAUGGACUGCAUGGGGCUCUAUUAUUUUCACCCCCCUUCAAGACAUCCGAGUGCUGCUACUGUUCCCUAUGUCUUUCUUUAUCCACCACCACAGCUAACAGAAUUCCUCAUUUUUGCCGUUCUGCUUUCUGCAGAGCUCUGGUAUCCAUCAAAUGGGCAUCUUUACUGCUCCAAAAGGACUCCCUGAAAUAUCAACCCCACCAGGGUGGACAUCCUUCUUUAUUACUCCAUUUAUCUUUCAAAAGGAAGACACUAAUAGAAAUAACAGGCUGGAUUUAAAUUGCAGCAAAGGAAGUGUUCUAUAUUUGGAGUGUUUUUCCUUUUCUCUUCCCUCCACUCAUUUCCAGCCGCAAACUACUACUGAAGGCAUCUCUAUAUUGCAGUUUGGUGUCUGAAGGUGCAUCGCCAGUUUUAAAGCAAGGCUUGUUUUUGAAUCGUUGAGAAAGGAUAAAGCGUGCAGCCAGCCCUCAUCCCUUCUCCUUACAGAGUGCAGGGCUUCUGUGUUUGCGUUUACUAGAAGGAGCUAUAUUUUGUCAGUGAGAUAUUGCAAGUGAAAAUGUAGUAUUGGUGAAAUAAAUCUACUUUAUAUGAGGGUCUACAAACCUGUUUUUUUUGAUACAAUGUUGUAUUUUCCUCUUUUAUUGGGCUUCGAUAAAUUACACUGGCAUACAGUAACUGUAUUUCAAGGAGGUGGUUUAUUUUUCUGACGUAACUGUAGUGAUCCGUAAGUGCUCAAUAAACAGAUAAGAGUUCCUUAAAAAAAAG